UUUGACUCCCAUGAACAUUCAUUUGAUGCUGUGACAUCAAAACCAGUCAUCCAGUUUCAAGGAAGCCAAGGGCACAUCGCGAUCCCGAGGCCUGACCGACCAGCAGAAGUGAGGACCUUCACCUUCUAUCUCUCAAACAUUGGCAAGGACAGCCCCCAGGGGAGCUUUGACUGCAUCCAACAGUAUGUGUCCAGCAAUGGCAAUAUCCAUUUGGAUUGCCUGGGAAGCAUACAGGAUAAAAUCACCGUGUGUGCUACUGAUGAUUCCUACCAGAAGGCAAGGCAGAGCAUGGCCCAGGCAGAGGAGGAGACUCGCAGCCGGAGUGCUAUAGUCAUUAAACCUGGGGGGAGAUAUGUAGGCAAAAAGGUUCAGGUGCGUAAACCUGCACCAGGAGCUUCCGAUGCUGUUCCCUCCAGGAAGCGCCCAACGCCAGUCAACCUUGCCAGUGCAAUAAAGAGAGGCAAUAGUGCCAUUUCUCAGAGACCCUUCAAAGAUAGGGUUGUGCACUUACUGGCACUAAAGCCUUAUAAGAAACCUGAACUUAUUCUCAGAUUGCAGAAGGAUGGACUUUCUCAGCAGGACAAGGAUUUGCUGGAUAACCUUCUGCAACAGGUGGCAAAUUUGAGUGCCAAGGACAGCACUUUCACACUGAAAGACUGUGUAUACAAAGAAGUGCAGAAGGACUGGCCUGGCUACUCAGAAGGAGAUCAGCAGCUGCUGAAGAGGAUCCUCGUCAGGAAGCUCUGUCAGCCCCAGAACAGUAGCGGUUUUCAAGGAGAAGCUCCUUCCUUGAGUCCUCCCAAGGACAACCUGAACUCCAACUCUCCUCCUCAGAAACGAUCCCAACCUCUGGAAUUUAUCGAUCCCUUGGCCAACAAAAAGCCCAGGAUCUCCCAUUUAGCUCACAGAACUCAACCCACUUUCAACGGGAAGCUGAAUUCCUCCAACGGGAAGGACACCCCAGCCCCCCCUGCCCUCCCUCCGGCGCUGCCGGAGUCGAUGAGCUCCAGCUCCAACCUCCCCGUGCUGGAGCUGCCCAGACCCCACGAUCCCCUCUCAGAUGUCAGCAACGACCUAACUCACAACGGCAGAGACUGUGAGAGUGCAGAGCAACCUGACAGACUGAGCCACCCCCUGCCCACAGACUGUCCCCAGACCAGCACCAAGCACAAUUGCAGCUCCUAUGUAAAAAGCAAGAAGAAAUCCAAAAAGCACAAAGACAAAGAGAAAGAGAGGAAGGAGAAGAAAACCGAAGAGAAAUGCAAAGAGGAGAAGCAGAACUGUGAAGUCAUAAAAACUGCUGACUUAGGUAGUGUUCCCCAGGAGCAGGUCACAGGUUUAAAUGGAACAUGCAAUAAUUCUAGUGUCCCAACAUCCACUUCAGAAAUGCCAGAUUAUUUAUUAAAAUACGCCGCGAUUUCCUCCUCGGAGCAACGUCAGAGCUACAAAAACGACUUCAACGCGGAAUACAACGAGUACAGAGACCUCCACGCCCGGAUAGAGAGGAUAACCCGACGGUUCACCCAACUGGAUGCCAAGCUGAAGCAACUUUUGCAAGGCUCUGAGGAAUAUAAGACCAUCCAUGAUCAAAUUUUACAGGAAUAUCGGAAAAUUAAAAAGACUAAUCCCAAUUACAGCCAAGAGAAGAAUCGCUGUGAAUACCUCCACAACAAACUGGCUCACAUUAAAAAACUGAUAGCAGAGUAUGACCAGCAGCAAUUUUAG